CAAUCAACACACAAAGUACUCAAUGAUAGAAAUUUUAGGAACUUAUUUGAAUGUCAAUGAUUGUAUUGAUGGAUUAAAAGGAUAAAAAUUGCAUGACAUAUCCUUAUAAAUUACUCAAACUAGAAAUGAAAUUUUAAAACAAAUGCAAUCAUCAACUAAUAGAAAAAGAGUAUUAGGUGAAGAAAUGAGUUAAAAUAUUGAUGAAUUCUUAGAAGCAGUAUAUUAUAAUUAAUAUAUAACUUUAGAAAUAUUCAAUUAGCAAAAAAUUUCAAAAAUAAGUCUUUAACUUGAUAGAUUCAAAUAAAAUUGAAUAAGAAUAAGAACAAUUCAAAUUUCAAUGUAUUGAAACAAAUGAAGUUAAAACUGAUCUCGAAUAAUUACAUGAAUUAAUUAAAUCUUCAUUUAGUAAAUGAUUAGCCAUUAAAUAUAAUUCGCAUUAUAUUUUAUUUAAUAUUUUUAUAUUUUAGUAUAAAAAAGUAGAAUCAAUGAAUUAGAUUGAGAAGAGAAAUAGAAGUAAAGAGAUUUCUUAAAAUUCUGAUAUUAAUGUCUUAAAUGAUAAGUUUUUUUUUAAUUAAAAUAUAUUAGCCGUCAUUCAAAUGCGCUGGAAACUCCAGAAAUAAAAAGAAAGUUCAGCGUUGACAGAAGUUAAAGUUAGCUCCAGAGUUCCUUUGAUUAAUUCAAUUAGAUCUAAUUUCACGAGUAAAAUAACUUAUUUAUUCAAUAGUGAAACAUUUCCAUAAGGUAGCAAUAUUAAUAAUUCAAAAAUGUCUGAAUAUUCAUUAGAAAGCAUUGAAAGAGAUGACAUGGUUGAAGAUAGAGUUAAUCGUCAUACAUUACAAAAAUCAAUUCAUAACUAUUAAAAAUUAAUAUAAUCAGCUACACAAUCACUUAACAUGUAACAAAAACCUAAACCAGAUCCUGAAAAAUCAGGUGUUGCUAUUAAUUUCAUGAAUGCUUUUAAUUAACAUCAAGAAGUAUAAAAUGAAUAUUUUAAUGAUGUUGAAUAUGAAAAAAUCAUACGAAGACAUAAAAAAUUAAUUGUAAAAAAUACAAUGAAGGAUCCAUAUUAUGUUAGAUUAGUGAAAUUAUCAGAAAUAUAAAGAUUAAAUUAUGAGUUGCAAGUAAAUUUUACCGUUUAUUUUUAGAAAUAUAAUGAUAAUUUGGCUUUGUUAAAUCUAAGAAAAGGCUUUAUUUAUUUCUUACAUGGCAUCCCUAUAAUGGCAAGAAUUAUUGUGAACAAUUUUAUAUUUAAAAUCCUAAUGACAUUUCUUAUCCUAUUUAAUGUGAUACUAUAUAUUGUAGUUAAAACAAAUGGAAGAACUGAUACAGAUCAUAUAGAAGAAGUAGUUACACUAUUAUUUAUUUCUGAAAUUGGAUUAAGAAUUAUUGCAAGUGGAAUCUUUUUUAAUGAUUAUGCAUUUUUUAGAAAUAUGGAAAAUAUUUAUGAUAUUGUACUUAUAAUUUUCACAGCAAUGAAUCUUUACUAUCCAGAAAUAAUAAUUAUAGAUAUAUCUCCUUUAAGAUUGGUAACUUUGUUGAUGUAUUUGACAAUUAUUUUUCAGGGAUUAAAUGUAAUGAUGACAGCAUUAAAAUAAUCAGUAAAAUAUUUGAUUGAAGCAUUAAUGAUUGUGAUUCUAUUUUCAUUAAUAUUUGCAUCUAUGGGGAUAUUUUUAUUUUAAGGAUUGUUCAAUUACAGAUGUUAAUAUGAAAAUGGCGAUGAAACUGAUGGAUGGAUAUAAUGUUAAAUAGAUCAAUGUCCAGAUGGUAUGCUUUGUAUGUAUAGCGAAAAAACUCCAAAAAUGCCAACUUCUUUUAAUGAUUUAAUUGGUUCUUUGGGAUAGAUUUUAAGAACUAUUACGAUGGAUGAUUGGAGUUGGGUAAUGUUUUUUACAAUGAGGAUAUUUCAUCCUUGGAUUUGGUUGUAUUAUUUAUUAAUCAUUUUUAUUGGAGGUUUUUUUGGAUUUAAUAUUGUUAUUGCUGUUUUGAAAGUUCAUUAUGCUGAAGCCACAGAAGAAAAUAAAAAAAGAGAAGAAGAAAAAGAGAUUGAAAAAAGAUUGAAAGAAGAAAAUGAAUUCCCAGAAAGAAAUUUAUUAGAAAUUUUAGAUGUUGCACAUUUAAGAGAAAUAGGCAUCUAUAAAGUAAUCAAAAAAUAUAGAAAUCAUUUAACUGAACCUAUUAUUAAAAAAUUUGCAAUUGAAGAUCCUAAUAGCUUCAAAAAAUCAUAUCAAACUACGAGAACAUUAUCAGCUAAAUAAAGAUAAAUGGAAAGUGGAAUCAUUAAAAUAUCUUUUAUUUAAUAUGUCACAGGUUUAACUUGGAAAAGAUUUCUUUUACCAAAGUUUGAUAUUUUAAAUGCUUUAAUUAAAAGAAUAAAACCUAAAAAUUAUACUGAAGAUGAAUUUAAUAUGAAAAUUAUUGAAAAACUUAAAACUAUACAUUUUUCAAGACUUUAACCAUAAGUAAAUCUUUAAGUAAAACAAAAUUUUAACUCUUCUAAUGACAUUUUAAUAAAACUAAUGUAUUUAUUAUUAUUAAUAUUUUUAGUAAUUAAUAAGAUUUGAUUCAAAAAGAAAAAAACUUUAAUUUAGAAAAGAUAAGAUCUCUUAAAUUCAAAAUGAUUUAUCAUUAGAUUAAAAUUGAAAAAGAAAAAUUGUAUGGAAAAACAUAAUUUGCAAAAUCAAGUUUUCCUACUAAAACAAAGGGUCAACAACCAUUUAUAAGUAGAAAUUAAAAGAAAAUUGAAUAAACCACAGAUUCUAUUGUCAACUUUGAAAGAUCAGAAAUAAAAUAAUCUAAUAAAAUGAAAUUUUCAUAAAUUUUAGAAACUUAGCAUAAAAAUUUCUCCAUUUUUCGAAAUGGAUAACCUUAUAUAUUUGUUUAAGGAUAUUAUACUAAUUAUGAAGGAGUACAAGAUAAAAUUAAUUAAAAAAUCCCAUCAAUAAAUCAUAAUUAAAUUUCUAAUAAAUUUAAAUAUUAAAGUAUGAGAAUGAAAGAAUACUAAAAUCAUAAAACAAUCUAAAAACAUAAUUGGUCUGGCAAAGAUGUACUUGAAAUAAAUAAAAAUAGAUUAAAAUACUUUUAAGUAGUCUUAAUUAUGCUUAAUAAAGCUGAUUUCCUUAUUUGGAUGAAAGGAAUUAAGGGAUUUUACAUAAUGUCUUAAAAAUAUGCCUAUUUAACUGUUACUAGUAGAUUUAGUCAAUUUUUCUUUGAUUUAGUAAUCCUGAAUAAUUUUACAUUUUUAUCUCUUUAAGGAAUUGUAGAUAUCAAUAUCAUUUCUGCUGUUGAAGAUAUUUCAACGAUAUUUUUAUGUUGUGAAUUGUUGAUGAGAUUUUUUGGUUUUAAAUUAAGAGAUCUUUUAAGAUCUCCAGAUUUAAUUUUAUAAUCUACUAUUGUAAUUAUCAAUUUUUUCGAAUUCACCAUGAGUGAUUAUAUGACAACAUUUCUGAAUGAACAAAAUUUAAGAUUAAUUAGAGGAACAAAAUGUUUAUUAUUCUAUAGAUGUUUAAAAUAUAAUAAAAUGGCUAUAACAAUUGGUCAUAUUGCUUCUAUGACUUUCGAUUAAUACAUUUACUUAGCAUUUUUAAUGUUUUUAGUAAUAUUUAUGUAUGCUCUAACAGGAAUGGAAAUGUUUGUUGGAAAGUUUGAUUAAAAUGAUUCUCUUGGAUAAUUACAUUCUUAUGAAAAUAUUUUUAAAUCUUUUAUGACAAUCUUUAAUAUAAUGACAAAUGAUGAUUGGUAUGGAGUAUAUGUAAUUGGAAGUGAUAUUAAUUUCACAUUUUCAAUUAUUUAUUCAUUUUCUUUAGUGUUAAUUUUAAAUUACUUAACUUAUGGAUUAGUUAUGGCUGUUUUAUUGGAUGGAUUUGGAAAAUAUUUAGAUUAACCAGUAGAAGAAAUUUAAAAUGAAAUUCAGAAGAAUAUUAAUGAAUAAUUAUAGCAUAUAACAUAAAAUUCAGAUGAAAUAUAAAUGUAAUUAAUGGAAACAUAUUCAGAACCAGUAUUGACAAAAAAAAAUUUAACAAAUGAAGAAAUUUAUAAAAAUAAACCAAAUUUAAUUUAUAAUUUAAUAAAAUCGAUAAGUAAAUAAAAUAUAAUAUAAUUUUUUAGAAUAAAUUAAUAGGAAAUUAUUAGAAAGAACACCUUAAUUAUAUGAAGGAAUAUAAUGUGAAUCUUCUUUAUUUUUUUUUGAAAAAGAUAAUAUAUUUCGUAUUAUCUUGACACAUCUUACAACAUCAAUGGUUUAUAUCUAUAUUAUGGAUAUAAUCACAUAUUUAUCAAUAAUUGCUUUUAUCCUAAAAACUUAUAAUGAUUAUGAAACAAAUAGUGAAACCUACCCUGAUACUCUUCAAUUCUCUUGUAAUAUAAUAUAAUUAGCAGAUACUAUUUUUAAUAUAAUUGCAAAAGGAUUAUUUAUGGAUCAAGGAUCAUAUUUAGUAUCAACAUUUUAAGUUUUAGAUUUUAUUUAUUAAGUUUCAAAUAUCAUAGCAUUUGGAAGUAAUCCUGAAGAUUUUAAACCAAUUUUGAAAAUCUUAUUAUAUUUAGGUUACUUUAGACCUAUGAAAUUAAUGUAUAGAUUAAGUUGGCUUACAAACUUAAGAGAAGCUAUUGGAAGAUCAUUAUUUGAUAUUCUUAAUGUCUUAAUCACUUUAUUAUCUGUAUGGAUAAUGUUUGGAGUAUAUGGUAUAAUUCUUUAUGAAUAAUAAUUUGGAUAUUGUGAAGACAAAAUGGUUUUUGAAGUAAAUAAAUAGACUUGUUUAUAAGAAGGCAAAAUUUGGGUGAAUUAUAAACAUAAUUUUGAUAAUAUUACUAUUGCUAUUCCUACAUUAUUUGUAACAGCAACUUUAGAUGGUUGGGGAGAAAUAUAUUAAGUUGCUGAAAAUAGUUAAGUAGCAGAAAUAGGUCCAUAAGGAUUUAAUUCAUAUAUAGUAACAUAUAUUUUCUUCUUACUUUUUGUAUUCAUAGGAUCAAUGUUUUUUUUGAGUUUAUUCACAGGAGUUCUAUAUACUAAUUUAAAAAAAAAUUAAAUGGAAAUUGAAAAAUCAGAACUUACUUAAUCAUAAAAAGAAUUUAAAGAAAUUUCAUCUAUGUUAAUAAAUGAUUUCCCACAAUUCUCAACUCCACCUACUCAUGGAAUAAGAAAAGUCUCCUCUGAUAUUACUAGUAGUCUUACUAUUUAAAAAUGCUUAUUUUUACUUCUAUGGGUUGAUUUUAUAAUAUUAUUAAUGUUUACAUCUGAAAUGAAUGAAGAGUAUUUCAGAGCAAUUAAUGAUGUUCAUAAUGGAUUAAGUGUUAUAUACUUUUUAUGGGUUGUAUUAUUAUUUUUGGCUUUAGGAGUAAAUAGAUUCUUUGAUAAUUAUUGGAGAAGAUUUUAUUUCUUUUUAAUUCUAAUUGCAAUAAUUGAUUUCAUAGCAGAUUAUUCAAUUGAUUGGAUCAUGAUAUAUUAUAAAUCAACUCCUCAUGAUACAGGAUUCUAAUUACUUCGCUUAUUCUUUUCUUUAAGAAGUUUAAGGAUUAUUUUAAUUUUCUAAGGAUUUAUCAAUCUAUAAAGAUUAAUAAAUGUAAUCCUUUUUGCUUUACCAUAUUUGGGUAAAAUUUUUGCUAUUUUAAUAAUCACAAUGCUAGUUUUUGCUUUGUUUGGCUGUCAAUUAUUUGGUACAAUAGAUGCUGGAUAAGUUUUAGAUGACUAAUUGAAUUUUAUGACAGCUGGAAGUGCAAUGAUGACUUUAUUCAAAUGUGCUUCUGGUGAUGAUUGGAGAACAAUAAUGACUGAUACUAUGCAUCAUAAUCCAUUAUGUUGGGAAGAUCCAAAAUAUUGUGGAUCAUUUGCAAGUUAAAUAUAUUUCUUUUUAUUUAUGUUUUUUUCCACAUAUGUUCUAUUAACCCUCUUUUUAUUAAGUUUAAUAGAAUAAUUUGAAUCAUUUUUCUAAAUAUAAGACUCACCAAUUUAAUCAUAUGUAGAAAAUAUUGAUAAAAUUAAAACAAUUUGGUGUAAAUACUCAUCAGAGACUUAAGGAUAAACGAUGCAUUAUAAAUUUUUAUGUAAAUUUCUAUUAGAUAUUGGUAAACCUUUAGGAGGAGGAGAAGAAGAAAAUCUUUGGGAUGUCGCAAAAAUAGCUUCAUCAUUUAAAUUAAAAUGGUAAUUCAUUAUCAAAUAUUAAUAGUGAUCAUUAUGGUUACAUUUAAUACAAUUAAUUGAUUUAUGAAUUAUUUAGAGUUAAAUUCCAUACAGAAGUUUUUAAAGAUGCUCCUCCUGAUUCUAUUAAAUAAAUUAAAUAAUUUAGCAAAGAAAUGCAAUUACGAUUGAUGUAUUAUAGAAAAAAUAAGAACAUUGAAAGAUCUAAUAUUAGUUCUGCACUUUAAUUAAAAGCUAAUUUCAAUAUUCUUCAUGAUUAUCUAACUGUUUUGAUUCUAUUUAAAACUUGGGAAUCUUAUAGCAAAGUUCUUAUAAAAAAAUUAGCUAUCAAACAAAAUUAAUUUUCUGAUGAUGCUAUAUCCAUGGAUAGUGAGCUAUAGUAAAAGUAUUUUAAUUUAUUAUUAUUAUUAAAUUAGUCACAAUCAAAAUGCAAAUCAUUUAAUUGAACCAGAAAUGUUUGAAGCCUCUUAUGAAGAAGCUACAUUAAAUGGUAAUUUUAAAAUUAGAAAACACCAUAAUACAAAUGAAAGUUAAAAUUUAUCAAAUAUUGAUUUACCUAUUUAUAAUGGCAAUGCUCCACAAUCUAUUUUAGAUGAAGAUAUCAAAAUAAUAUUUUCUGCUGCUGGAGAAAGAUAACCUAUAAUAUGA